AUGCUGGGACACAAGCUCCUCUCGGCGCUCAUCGGGCUGCCACUGCUCGUCCUUGGGCAGAUCGCUCCGCCUUUUGACAUGCACGCGCUCCGUGAGCGGAUGCUCGGGAAUGCGUCCAUUGCCAACCGGCUCGAGAACACCGUUGUCGACCUCUGGUUUGACGAGGCGAUUCUUGACCACAACGACUCGAGUGCCGGCCACUGGAGCCAGCGCUACCACUACAACGACGCGUACUAUGGCGGCGCGGGGUCGCCCGUGUUUCUCUACAUCAAUGGCGAGUGGGAGGCGUCAUCGUACACAGUCUCGGACACAGGCUCCACCAUGGUCGACUUGGCCAUCAAGCACAAGGCGAUGAUCGUGGCUGUGGAGCACCGCUACUAUGGUGACUCGAUCCCGAACGGCGACCAAAGCGAGGCAUCGAUGCGCAAGUACCACUCGUCGACGCAGGCGCUGGCGGAUCUCGCGACUUUCCAUGCUUUUUUUACAAAGAAGCACAACCUCCAAGACGCGCGCUGGAUCGCGUGGGGCUACUCGUACGCGGGCCAGCUCUCGGCGUGGUUCAAGCUCAAGUACCCGUCCUUGGUUGCUGGUGCAGUGGCGUCGUCGGCGCCUGUCCAAGCCUCGUUCGACCACAAGGCGUACAUGGAGGGCGUCACGCGCGGCCUCAAGUACCAUGGCGGCCAGAGCUGCCUCGACAACUUUGAAUCGGCCAUCAACGACUUUCAUGCUCUCGUCGUUGCGGGCGGCAACCCACUACGCACCAAGUUUGGCACGUGCGGCGCGACGGCGACGCUCCAGGAGAAGCAAGCGAUCGAGUGGGAAGUCAUGAGCUACUACCAUGGCAUUGGACAGAGUGGUCGCGACCAUGGGUACUCGAUCAAGGACGUUUGCGACUACAUGGCGGACCCGGCCAAUGGACAAACGCCCAUGGAUCGCAUGAGCAAGUGGAAGCUCGCCAUCUACCAUGGGUGCGCGCCAGGCUUUGUCUUCAACGGCAGUAAGUGGGUUCCGGUCCGCGCCUUGCCCGCCGACCCUGAUUUUGGCCAGUGGACGUGGCAGACGUGCAAUGAAUUCGGCUUCCUCAUCACGGCGAGCACGGGCGACAACACGCCGUUCCGCGGCCUUGCGUACGCGAGCCCCGAAAACGUGCAUCGCUACUCGCCGUGCACGACCCGCUUCCAUGUGGAUGCUGCGACGCUCCAAGCCAACGUCGACGCGACCAACGCCAAGUACGGUGGCUGGGACAUUGACGUCGAGAACGUCAUUUUUACCAACGGCGCGAUCGACCCGUGGUCUGGCCUCAGCGUCACCAAGCAGCCCAAGAACCCCAAAUCGCGCUUCGUGGUCAUCGAAGGCGCGACGCAUUGCGAGGACACCUACCUCUCGUAUGUUGACGGCCCGAUGAAGGACGCGAUCAAGAUGAUUGGCGACGCGGUGGCUGACUUUUUGGCCGACGCGCCACCGGCGGCCACUGCCGCGCCAACGAAAGCCCCGACGCCUGCCCCGACGCCUGCCCCGACGCCUGCCCCGACGCCCGCUCCGACGACCAAGCUGGUGACGCCUGCCCCGACGGAUGCCCCGACGGAUGCCCCGACGCCCGCUCCGACGACCAAGUUGGUGACGCCUGCCCCAACGCUGGCCCCAACGGAAGCCCCAACGGAAGCCCCAACGGAAGCCCCAACGGAAGCCCCAACGGAAGCCCCGACGGAUGCCCCAACGCCCGCUCCGACGACCAAGCUGAUGACGCCUGCCCCGACGCCUGCCCCAACGACCAAGAUGGCGACGCCUGCUCCCACAUCGGAUGCCAUGUGCGGUCCCAUGGAGAAGGACACUGAUUACUAUGGCAACGAUGUGGCGGCGAUCCCGCGCGCGUCUGUUGCUGACUGCUGCGCCGACUGCAAGGCGACGCCAGGCUGCAAGCUCUAUGUCUGGAACCGCCACAACGGUGGCACGUGCUGGCUCAAGAGCAAGAAGGGUGCUCGGUCCGUGUACCCCGGCGCGGUCGCCGGUACCGUGGAUGUCCCUCUCGUCACGGAAGCGCCGGUCGCGUGCCCGCCGAUGGAGAUGGACACGGAUUACUACGGCAACGACAUUGCGGCGAUUCGGCGCGCGUCGGCCGACAGCUGCUGCGCUGACUGCAAGGCGACGCCGGGCUGCAAGCUCUACGUCUGGAACCUCCACAACGGAGGCACGUGCUGGCUCAAGAGUAAGAAGGGUGCUCGCACAACGUACUACGGGGCCAAGGCCGGCACCCCUGGCUGCAAGGUGUACGUCUGGAACCUCCACAACGGCGGCACGUGCUGGUUGAAGUCCAAGAAGGGGACGCGGUCGACGUACCACGGGGCGAUGGCCGGUGUCGUCGAUGCGGCCCCGACGACCUGUGCGAUCGAAGCCAACAUCGACUACUACGGCAACGACGUGGCAGCGAUUCCGCGCGCGUCGUCGGACGACUGCUGCGGUGACUGCCAUGCGACGGCCGGGUGCUCCGUGUGGGUCUGGAACCGUCACAACGGCGGGACGUGCUGGCUCAAGAGCAAGAAGGGCAACCGGUCCGUGUACCACGGCGCCAUUGCGGGCUCGAUCCGAGCCUAA